UCUCUGUUUCUGGAUUUCUCCAUCGUGGUUGCUGUGGUGGUCCAGCAUCCGUCUUUGUCUCCCGUUCCCUGCCCUCCCUCCCCCAGCCCUACUUCUCUGUCUCUCCUGCUCCCUCCUGCCUCUUUCUCACCCUGUCUGUCACCCUUCAGUCCUCCCCAGCCUGCCCCCGCUUUGCAGACAUGGCCGUGGCUCCAUCUGUACACCAGCUUGUGGAACACUCCCCCGCCUCCUUUGCCCCUGGAGGUGCCGAUGGGGGGUGGGGGCCUGCCGAGCUGGCAACCUGAGCUGCUUGCUCUGUAGUUGCCUGAGGAAUGGGGAGAGAUCCGAGAGCCGGCAGGCAGCAGUGGGACGGGAGGAGGCAGAGCCCCUCCCAGCUGUCAGGGGCCUCUCCGCCUCUGAGUGCCUGGGAAGGCGGUGAGCUGGGUGGCAAAUACCAGGGACUAAAGGAGGUUGGGUGUGAGACUGUGGGGUGUUGGGAUGGGGCAGAGAGUGGGGACCAGGGGCUUUGGCAGCAUCAUAUAUCCCCUGCAUAUACACUGGGGUACACACGCCAAACCCAAUUCUGGGAACCUAGUUUGGGGACAGACAGCCGUCAUCAUUCCAGCCAAGGGAGUGCUCUGGUCUCCUCUCAUCCGCCUUUGAGAUUCUCUCUCGUUUCUCUCCCCUCCCCCUCCUAAGACCAGAGCGCGCAGAGCUCCCAAGGCUGCCUUUGAUCACCUGCCCUCUGAUCUGGGUCUCCUACUGCUUCCUACAGGCCUUGAAAGCGAGGCCGAGGCUGCAGGGGCCCACCCUGCUCGCACGGGCUUUGUGGAGGAAGGUGGGGGCAGAACGGGUCCGCUGUUGCCCCUCCUUUCUGGGCCCCAGCUUGGCUCCUGCAAGUUGGGAAUCGGCCACGCCUUUGCCACUUCUUACCCUCCGAGUCCUUCUCUUGGCCUUCAGCCCGUCCACAUCGACCCACGCUGGUGCUUCUCCCCCUCCCCCUCCAGCUUUGGGUCUAAUCUAAUUGCUAUUCGCCGCCGUCCAUUUUCCCUGCCCAGUCCCCAGGCCGUCUGCUGAAUUCACCCUUCUCAGGUCACCUUACACAAAACCAUUAUGUGGCUUCUGGUUGCCUCCUGACACACUGGAUGUCUUAGCAUGGCGUUCCAGGCCUCCCCACCCACCCCUUCAGCAUUCUGGCUGAGGCUUGGCCCGCGCUUUGAUAAGGCCCUGGCUGGGCACAGCGAGGAUGCCCGGGAUGGACUUGGUGAAGGCAUCCAGGCCCAGGCCCCAGCCUCCAAGCUCUUGCCCUUCUUGCACUUUUACCACUGUCUCUUUCUCACACCUCUUCCUGUUUGCAGUCAAAACGGUCUGUCUUCUUGGGAGUGUCUUCUCUUCUAGUCGUUGGCAGAGAAGCCCCCUCCCCCGGGCCCUCAGUCGCUGGGGCUUCUCGCACGCAGGUGGGAUGUGCAUAUAGCUGGCAUCACUUGGGCUUGCGGUGGACACAUGUAUCAGUUGAGCCCUGAAGACUCAGACAAAGACCCGGAAGGUGGGCUUGCCAGACACUCGAGAUGUCAGAAACACUGUCCCAGAGCUUCUCCUGACCCCUGCUCCGACCCUGGCCUGGAGCAUCUGGAAGGGGAGAGGCCACAGUCGCUUCUAUUGUCCCCCCAGGAGCCUGAGGGACAGCAGGGAGGUGCUUUCCUCCUUGCCUCCCUCCUGCCACUUAUUGAGGGCAGGCUUCCUUUUCCUCAGCCUGUUCUGUGAAAUGCAGCCUUCUUGGGCCCCUUUCCUUCUUUCUCUGUUCCCACUUCCCAAGUCCCCCUUGCCCCUCACCAGCUUUUUAGGCCUGAACAGCACCCGGGGAUCAGUUGGCUCUGAAACCCACAGCAAUGAGACGGUGAUGAGUUCUCUACAUAUGUGUGCAGGCAUGCUUGUGUGUGCAAACAGAGAUAGCAGACAUGAGGAUUCAUCCCCCAGAGAUACAGACACACGAGACACACAUAUACUUCCGCGUGCACGCACCCACUCAUGAGUGCAUCCCCCUUCGUGAGAAGAUGAAGGUGGACACACACAGCCACAAAGAUGCUGAUGUGCUUAUCUGGCUACGUGCAGACCCACAUCCCCACUCAUGCCCGUAGGCAUCUGCUUGCUGGGUGUUGAGUCGCACACGAGGAUGACAUGCACAGAGCAGCCUGUGGCAUGCCCAGGGGAGCUGAUCGGGGCAACAAGUUGGUGCUGGAGAGGCAGCUGGCGGAGGAGGCACAGACAGAGAGUAGGAAGGGGAUGAAAGGCAAACUGGAGCCCCAGCCUCUGCUGUCUCUUGCAGUGUCCCCACCCCCGGCUCCCUCCCCAAGCCGCCCACCAGCCCCCUUCCCUCUGGCCGGAGCUUGAGCCGAGCCCGGCCGGCUUUUGCCGCGCCGAGCCGCCGGCGCCGCCGGGAAGAUGGCCGUGGCGCUGCGGUACUUGUGGCCUCUCCUCCUGUGCAGCCCCUGCCUGCUCAUCCAGAUCCCCGAGGAAUAUGAAGGACACCACGCGAUGGAGCCCCCUGUCAUCACGGAACAGUCUCCACGGCGCGUGGUCGUGUUCCCCACAGAUGAUAUCAGCCUCAAGUGUGAGGCCAGCGGCAAACCCCAAGUGCAGUUCCGCUGGACUCGGGACGGCGUCCUCUUCAAACCCAAGGAGGAGCCGGGUGUGACCGUGAACCAGGCCCCCCACUCUGGCUCCUUCACCAUCACGGGCAACAACAGCAACUUCGCCCAGAGUUUUCAGGGCACCUAUCGCUGCUUUGCCAGCAACAAGCUGGGCACCGCCAUGUCCCACGAGAUCCAGCUCAUGGCCGAGGGUACCCCCAAGUGGCCAAAGGAGACAGUGAGGCCCGUCGAGGCGGAGGAAGGGGAGUCGGUGAUUCUGCCUUGCCACCCGCCCCCCAGCGCGGAGCCGCUCCGCAUCUAUUGGAUGAACAGCAAGAUCUUGCACAUCAAGCAGGACGAGCGGGUGACCAUGGGGCAGAACGGCAACCUCUACUUCGCCAAUGUGCUUACCUCGGACAACCACUCAGACUACAUCUGCCAUGCCCACUUCCCUGGCACCCGGACCAUCAUUCAAAAGGAACCCAUUGACCUCCGGGUCAAGGCCACCAACAGCAUGAUGGACAGGAAGCCGCGCCUGCUCUUCCCCACCGACGCCAGCACCCACCUGGUGGCCCUGCAGGGGCAGCCGCUGGCCCUGGAGUGCAUCGCCGAGGGCUUCCCCACGCCCACCAUCAAAUGGCUACGCCCGAGCGGCCCCAUGCCGGCUGACCGAGUCACCUACCAGAACCACAACAAGACCCUGCAGCUGCUGAACGUGGGGGAGGAGGACGACGGCGAGUAUCGCUGCCUGGCUGAGAACUCCCUGGGCAGUGACCAGCAUGCCUACUACGUCACCGUGGAGGCUGCCCCGUACUGGCUACACAAGCCCCAGAGCCAUCUGUACGGGCCGGGAGAGACUGCCCGCCUGGACUGCCAAGUGCAGGGCAGGCCCCAACCAGAGGUCACCUGGAGAAUCAAUGGGAUCCCUGUGGAGGAACUGGCCAAGGACCAGAAGUACCGGAUCCACCAUGGAGCCCUGAUCCUGAGCAACGUGCAGCCCAGUGACACGAUGGUGACCCAGUGUGAGGCCCGAAACCGGCACGGGCUCCUGCUGGCCAACGCCUACAUUUACGUGAUCGAGCUGCCGGCCAAGAUCCUGACCCCAGACAACGAGACGUACAUGGCGGUCCAGGGCAGCACCGCCUACCUUCUGUGUAAGGCCUUUGGAGCCCCUGUGCCCAGUGUGCAGUGGCUGGACAGGGAAGGAAAGACAGUGCUGCAGGACGAGCGCUUCUUCCCCUACACCAACGGGACCCUGGGCAUCCGAGACCUCCAGGCCAAUGACACCGGCCACUACUUCUGCCAGGCUGCCAAUGACCAAAACAACGUGACCAUUGUGGCUAACCUGCAGGUCAAAGAUGCCACUCAGAUCACACAGGGGCCCCGCAGCGCGAUCGAGAAGAAAGGCUCGCGAGUGACGUUCACGUGCCAGGCCUCCUUUGACCCCUCCUUGCAGCACAGCAUCACCUGGCGCGGGGAUGGUCGCGACCUCCAGGAGCUUGGGGACAGUGACAAGUACUUCAUAGAGGACGGGCGCCUGGUCAUCCACAGCCUGGACUACAGCGACCAGGGAAACUACAGCUGCGUGGCCAGCACCAAGCUGGACGCGGUGGAGAGCAGGGCAGGGCUCCUGGUGGUGGGGAGCCCCGGCCCCGUGCCUCAGCUGGAGCUGUCUGACCGCCACCUGCUGAAGCAGAGCGAGGUGCGCCUGUCCUGGAGCCCCGCUGACGACCACAACGCCCCCAUUGAGAAGUAUGACAUUGAGUUCGAGGACAAGGAGAUGGCGCCUGACAAGUGGCACAGUCUGGGCAAGGUGCCCGGGAACCAGACCUCCACCACCCUCAAGCUGUCGCCUUAUGUCCACUACACCUUUAGAGUUACUGCCAUCAACAAAUACGGCCCUGGGGAGCCCAGCCCAGCCUCGGAGACUGUGCUCACUCCAGAAGCAGCCCCGGAGAAGAACCCCGUGGACGUGAAGGGGGAAGGAAACGAGACCAACAACAUGGUCAUCACUUGGAAGCCGCUCCGGUGGAUGGACUGGAAUGCCCCCCAGGUUCAGUAUCGCGUGCAGUGGCGCCCUCAGAAGACACAGGGGGCCUGGCAGGAACAGAUCGUGAGCGACCCCUUCCUGGUGGUGUCCAACACUUCCACCUUUGUGCCCUAUGAGAUCAAGGUCCAGGCCGUCAACAGCCAGGGCAAGGGCCCGGAGCCCCAGAUCACCAUCGGCUACUCUGGGGAGGAUUACCCCCAGGCAAGCCCUGAGCUGGAAGGCAUCAAGAUCCUCAAUUCGAGCACGGUGCUGGUCAGAUGGUGGCCUGUGGACCCAGCCCAGGUCAAGGGCCACCUCCGGGGAUACAAUGUGACGUACUGGUGGGAGGGCAGUCAGAGGAGGCACAGCAAGAGGCACGUCCACAGAGGCCACGUGCUGGUGCCUGCCAACAGCACCAGCGCCAUCCUGGGCGGCCUGCGGCCCUACAGCUCCUACCAUCUGGAGGUGCAGGCCUUUAAUGGCCGGGGACUGGGGCCCGCCAGCGAGAUGACCUUCAGCACCCCCGAGGGAGUUCCUGGACACCCCGAGGCGUUGCACCUGGAGUGCCAGUCGGACACCAGCCUGCUGCUGCACUGGCAGCCCCCGCUCAGCCACAAUGGCGUGCUCACGGGCUACGUGCUCUCCUACCAACCUCUGGAUGAUGGGGGCAAAGAGCACUUGUCCUUCGACCUCCCGGACCCUGAGCUGCGGAUGCACAACCUGACGAACCUCAGCCCCCACCUGCGGUACCGCUUCCAGCUCCAGGCCACGACGAAGGAGGGCCCUGGAGAGGCAAUCGUGCGGGAAGGAGGCACCAUGGCCUUAUCUGGGACCCCGGAUUUUGGCAACAUCUCGGCCAUGGCUGGCGAGAAUUACAGUGUGGUCUCCUGGGUCCCCAAGGAGGGCCAGUGCAACUUCGGGUUCCAGAUCUGGUUCAAAGCCCUGGGGGAUGAGAAGCUGGGCGCUCAUCUCCCGCCGCAGUACGUCAGCUACAACCAGAGCUCCUACACGCAGUGGGACCUGCAGCCUGACACCGACUACGAGAUCCACUUGCUCAAGGAGAGGGUUCUUCUGCACCAGAUGGCCGUGAAGACCAACGGCACUGGCCGAGUGAGACUCCCUCCCGCCGGCUUUGCCACGGAGGGCUGGUUCAUCGGCUUCGUCAGCGCCAUCAUCGUCCUGCUUCUCAUCUUCCUCAUCCUUUGCUUUAUCAAGCGCAGCAAGGGUGGCAAGUACUCAGUGAAGGACAAGGAAGACACCCAGGCGGACUCGGAGGCCCGGCCCAUGAAGGACGAAGCCUUCGGCGAGUACAGGUCCCUGGAGAGUGACAACGAGGAGAAGGCCUUCGGCAGCAGCCAGCCAUCCCUCAACGGAGACAUCAAGCCCCUGGGCAGUGACGACAGCCUGGCCGACUACGGGGGCAGUGUGGACGUGCAGUUCAACGAGGACGGCUCCUUCAUCGGCCAGUACAGUGGCAAGAAGGAGAAGGAGGCGGCGGGAGGCAACGACAGCUCAGGGGCCGCCUCCCCCAUCAACCCUGCAGGGACCCUGGAGUAGCAGGGUCCAGCCAGCCCAGGGCCAGGCCGCAGCCGACUCAGAGGCCAAGCCCCCCCGUCCGAGGCCUGUGCUGGGUCCCUGACCUUGGGACUGAGGCCCCUCCCUCUCUUCACCAGGCGGUGGCCCGGCCCUCUGAUCCUGAGCCCGAGGGAGGCUUAAGUCGGGGGCAGAGAAGAGGAACUCACUGCCUCUAAUCCCCUUCUGACUGCCUGGUCCCCACUCGAUUGCCAAAACCCAGCUGCACCCCUUCUUGGGCACACACUGCUUUACUCCAGCUCGGGGGCCAGUCACCCACACAUCAGGAGCCUUCAGGUGCUGCCUCGCCGGCCUUUGGGCAGAGAGAGGCUGUGGUCAGGGCAGAGGAAGCGGGGAUGCUGCCCGGUGGGAUCUCCUCAGGACCACGGCUGGCACCUGCACCCCCAGCCAUUGCUUGGCCAGCCUGGCUGGGACAGGGGACAGAACACAGUGUCCCCACCAUCUGCUCCCUUUUCUUUGCCAUCUCUGCUCCAACUGGGAUGGGAGCUGGGCAGGCUGGCCAUGGGUGCAGAGGAGGCCAUCUGGAGAGCCCAGAGUCCCACCUGCCGGUGUCGCACUCGGCCCGGCCCACCCCACCCUGCGGCCGGCUUUCAGGAGUUCCAUACACACGCUGCCUUUGGUACCCGCCAGACGACAUCCAAGUGGCCUCCGUCACUGCCCAGGUGCGGGGCAGGCACACCUCCUCCCCCCUGACCUUGGCCUCUCCCAGCCUCCACCGCACCCCAGGACCCCUUAGCGACCCCCCGCCCCCGCCCCCAGUCUGAACAGUUCCCUUCCUCAGCCUCCCCCAGCCCCACCUUGGGAUGUAAAUACACCGUGACUUUGAAAGUUUGCACCCAUGCCCUUUCCCCAUAUGCCACUAGUGUGUAGGCAGAUGUCUGAGUCUCUAGGUGGUUUCUAGGUUUUAUAGCAAUUAGCUUUGAUGAUCCCAUCCCAGGAAAAAUAAAAACAGACAAAAAAAAAAAAAAAAAAGGAAAGAU